AUGUCCUACUCCUGGGUCGGUGCGCCCACACCGUUCAAUGGAACGGAAUUCGAAGGCGGAGACUCCAAAACGGAGAAUUUGAACCAAUGGUUCCAGUCGGGUGAUCAGGCGUACAUUAUCAUUGCCUCGGCGAUGGUCUUUGUCAUGGUUCCGGGUCUGGGGUUCCUCUAUUCUGGACUUGCGCGAAGAAAAUCUGCUCUGAGUAUGAUUUGGUUGUGCAUGGCCUCUUUUUCCGUCAUCACUUUCCAAUGGUAUUUCUGGGGUUAUUCGCUAGCAUUUAGCAAGACGGCCACCAAUGGCUUCAUCGGCGACCUCACUCACUUUGGUCUAAUGAAGACACUUGGCGCUCCCAGCCCUGCCAGUCCCCUGAUCCCAGAGCUUCUCUUUAGUUUCUACGAGAUGCAAUUCUGCGCCGUCACCGCUGCUAUUGUCAUGGGCGCAGCUGCAGAGCGUGGUCGUCUCGUGCCCGCCAUGGUCUUCAUUUUCUGCUGGGCCACACUUGUCUAUUGUCCACUGGCCUGCUGGGCGUGGUCGACGAAUGGAUGGGGAUUCACAUAUGGAGUCCUUGACUAUGCUGGCGGCGGACCUGUCGAGAUUGGCUCCGGUCUCUCCGCUCUCGCCUAUUCGAUGGUUCUCGGAAAACGGCAGGAGAAGAUGAUGCUCAACUUCCGUCCUCACAAUGUUUCACUCAUUACCCUAGGCACCGUCUUUCUCUGGUUUGGAUGGCUAGCUUUCAAUGGUGGUUCUGCAUUCGGAGCUAAUCUGCGUGCGACCAUGGCCUGCUGGAACUCCAACCUGACGGCCAUAUUUGCAUCGAUUUCUUGGGUUCUGCUUGAUUUCCGUCUUGCUCGAAAAUGGUCCAUGGUCGGCUGGUGUUCCGGAGCCAUUUCAGGGCUUGUCGCAGCAACUCCAGCAUCCGGUUUCAUCACUCCCUGGGGAAGUGUGGUCUUGGGCAUUGUAACGGGCAUUGUCUGUAACUUUGCCACCAAGAUCAAAUUCUGGAUCCGCAUUGACGAUGCAAUGGAUGUGUUCGCGGAGCACGGUGUCGCCGGUAUGCUAGGUCUUCUGGCAAAUGCAAUUUUCGGAGCGGAUUAUAUAAUUGGCCUUGACGGUGUCAACACUGGUGCCAUUCCGGGUGGUUGGGUCAGUCACCACUGGAAGCAGUUGUACAUCCAAGUGGCCUAUAUUUGUGCGACCACCGGCUAUGCAUUCGUCGUCAGCGCAAUCAUUGCCUACGUCAUCAACUGGAUUCCUGGCCUCCAUCUUCGUGCUACAGAAGAAGCUGAAUUGCUCGGCAUGGACGAUGACCAGCUUGGAGAGUUUGCUUAUGAUUAUGUCGAGGUCCGCCGCGACUACCUGGCCUGGACACCAGCAUCUCGCGACCCAUUUAAAGGUGAUCCUCAGAUUGCUCAGGGUGACCGUCAUGGCAUUCAACAGCACAGCGAGAUGCUUGACGGUCAUCCUCCUCAUGAGGAGGAGACCAACGGCAAUGCAGGACACGAACACACUGGUGUCGCCGGUGACCGUCACGCCGUCCAAGCAGAGAAGCAAGUGCCUGGUGCAGCACAGAUCUGA